CUAAAACAGUCUGAGAGCUGCUGCAGGCCCCACACACUCACACACUCCUCAGCUGCUCCUGCUCAGCUCCUGUCUCCUCUGGGACACCUCUCUCUGUCCUCGCCGGCGUCCUCAGCGUCAUGGAGAGUCUGGAGAAGCAGCUCAUCUGUCCCAUCUGCCUGGAGAUGUUCACCAAGCCGGUGGUCAUCCUGCCUUGCCAACACAACCUGUGCCGCAAGUGUGCCAACGACGUCUUCCAGGCAUCCAACCCGUACCUGUCGACACGGAGUGGCUCCACUGUGACGUCCGGCGGUCGUUUCCGCUGCCCAUCCUGCAGACAUGAGGUGGUUCUGGACCGACAUGGUGUCUAUGGCCUGCAGAGGAACCUGCUGGUGGAGAACAUCAUUGACAUGUACAAGCAGGGCAGCACCAGGUACACUUGCACUCACCUGUAUCACACCCUUCAACAUAUCCAAGCUGUCCCUCUCUUAUCUGGAUUUAGUUAUCCUAACGCUGGUGAUCAGGAUAAGCGGUCACACGAACCGGGUGAGGAUGGAGGUGAGGACAGAGGUGAGGGCAAAGGUGAGGAUGGAGGUGAGGACAAAGGUGAGGAUGGAGGUGAGGACAGAGGUGAGGACAGAGGUGAGGACAAAGGUGAGGACAGAGGUGAGGACGGAGGUGAGAACAGAGGUGAGGACAGAGGUGAGGACAAAGGUGAGGAUGAAGGUGAGGACAGAGGUGAGGACAGAGGUGAGGACAAAGGUGAGGACGGAGGUGAGGACGGAGGUGAGAACAGAGGUGAGGACAGAGGUGAGGACAAAGGUGAGGAUGGAGGUGAGGAUGGAGGUGAGGACAGAGGUGAGGACAAAGGUGAGGAUGGAGGUGAGGACAAAGGUGAGGACAGAGGUGAGGACAGAGGUGAGGAUGGAGGUGAGGACAGAGGUGAGGACGGAGGUGAGGACAGAGGUGAGGACAGAGGUGAGGAUGGAGGUGAGGAUGGAGGUGAGGAGGAUGUGAGGACAGAGGUGAGGACAGAGGUGAGGUCAAAGGUGAGGACAGAGGUGAGGACAGAGGUGAGGACAGAGGUGAGGACAGAGGUGAGGACGGAGGUGAGGAUGGAGGUCGAGCUGGCUGACUGUGUGUCCAUGCUGGUCGGGAACAACGAGAGGAUUCAGGCGAUCGUCAGUCAGCUGGAGGAAACCUGCAGAGCCGUCGACGAGAACGGUCGGCGACAGAAGUCGAAGGUGUGCGAGACAUUCGAUCACCUGUUCGCUCUACUAGAAGAGAAGAAGAGCGAGAUGACGGUGAAGAUCAACGCCGAGCAGGAGGAGAAGCUGGACUACAUCCGAGGCCUGAGGAGGAAGUACACCGAGCACGUGGACGGCACCGCCAAGCUGCUUGAAACUGCCAUCCAGACCAUGGAUGAGUCUGAGAUGGCCCUGUUUCUGCAGAUGGCCAAACCUCUGCUGCAGAAGAUCAUGGAGGGCUCCGACACGUCUCACCUGGAUAAGGUCCAGCACGGCUACGAGAACAUGGAUCACUUCACGGCGAACUUUGAGCAUCAGAGGAGAGCGCUGAGCGACAUCGACUUCAUCAAGCGUAAACAGCGUCUUCACUUACCAAUCACAGAUAACUUCAUGUUUUAGUAACGCCGUUUUAGUCUUCAGUAAAACUGUAUCACUAUCAAUAACGGUGCGUACACACUGAGCGCGAUAGACGCGACCAGAGCGUCAGGUUUACAUGUAAAGUCAAUGGAGGAGUGCGAUGAAGCGCGACUGGAGAUCCCGCGAAACUUCAGAAGCAGAUUUGCGUCGGGAAAACAUGCAGAAGUAAGUUUGAAGCAGAAGUAAAAUAUGCGCUGCAGUUUGUGUGUUGCAUUUUGUGCAUUCGCGAUAAUCGUGUCUACCACUCGAGUUGGAAAAAUCUGAACUCCAGCGUCAAGUCGCGCCGCGACAACCAAUCAGGAGCCUGGUGACGUGAUGCUCUGACCUAGUUUAAAGGGGCAGGUCCAGCCAAAGCCAUUUAUCAAUAUGGGGGAUCAUCAACGCUGUGGCCAACCACCCGGAGCUGUACGACACCAGCUGCUUUCUCUACCGAGAACUUUAAUAUUAUUUCCAAUAAAUCUUUGUAAUGACUAAUGUCUCAGUUCUACUACACAGCAAAUAUUGGCACACAACUUGACACAUGUAGGAUUUAUCUCAUGUUAUACUAAUGAAAAUACAAACUACUAUAGGAACAUAGUGAAGACCAAUUGUUUAAGAGAAUAAAGAGAGGUUAGUUUAUUUUGAGCUCCAUUUAUCAAGAAAAUUUUAAAAAGACAGGAACGCUCUUUAGAGUUUUGUGGGUGGCUCAGAGCCGUUGUGGGGAAGUCGCUGGGACUUCAAAUUAGCACAUAUUAGCACAGUAUCAAUAAAGGACUACCGUAUUAAAAUGGCCUGUAUUUGUAAAGCGCUUUUUCUAGUCCCUA